AUGGACUUUCCAGCAUCAUCGAACUCGCCGUCGGACGGCAGCAGCCGGACGCUGUGGUUCUUUGGCCUCUGCGCCUCCAUCGUGCUCUUUGUGCUCUUCCUCGGUAUCGUCAACCACUGCUACAACAAGCACUAUGGCAUGCCCCUGCCCGCGCCCGCCGUCACAAACCAAAACUUCCACGAGUUUAUGCCAGGCAUCAAGCGCGGCGACGUCGAGGAGCUGUACGCGCUGGCGUUCCUGGCCAUGUCCUUACUUAGCGCCGCUCCUCCGAAUAGGCUUGCCAACGUCGAGCGCUGGGAGUGCUCCAUCUGUGCAUUCCAAAGCUUGCUUCAAAAACCCGCCUGUAGUCUCUGCGGCACACCAAGAGACACGCGGCUCGUCGAGGUCUCGCCCGAGGUCGUCGUGCCGCGCAUGACCCGCAGCAGCAGCGUGCUGCGUCGCUCGUCAAUCGCCGGCAACUACCGCCAUCGAUCCAAGUCCACCUUGCCGCGACACUCGAUGCGCCGGCUCUCGGUGCUCUUUCAAAAAGCCAUCUUGCCCGACGACCUCAACGCCCGUCAGCGCAGCGCACGCAUGCGCAAGCAGUGGAGCCGGCAAAUCGACGGUGCCGGGCACGUCUCGUGGAAGCGUCACUUCAUCGACUCGGAGGACUUUCCCGCUGCCUUUUUCGUGCAGCUGAACCCGAGCCAGGACGAGAUGUUUGCCAACCACGAAGUCGAGCCGCUUGACGAGUGCGUCGUCAUUACGCUGCGGGGCAGCAUCGUCCGUGGGCUGGACAAGACCCAGGACGCCGAUCGGCUGACCGAGCCCGAGUCGCCCGUCGACGAGAGCGACGCGGGGACUGGCGUAUACAGCGAGCUCAAGAGCGCCAAGGCGAUUGCGUGGCUCGACCUUGCGACGGGGGAUCCCAACAAGACGGUGCUGGGCACGUCGAUCUCCGAGGCGAUGUGGAGCUCGCUCUUGCCGCUCACAAAGCUCGCCUUUACGCUCAAGUAUGCGUGGUUCCUCCACCAAACCGCCGACCUCUUCGUGCCCUACGACGAGUUAUACAUCAAAACCAAGGUCCACCGUUCCCGACUCUUUGAGGAAGCGCUCGAGAACCUUUUGCACCUGGACGGCCGCGCGCUCUGUGCCAUUCUGCGCUUUCAGUUUGUCGGCGAGUCGGGCCUGGACGCCGGAGCGAUCCAGCGCGAGUGGUACAUGCUCGUGGCGCAAGCAAUGCUCUCGGAAACCUCGGGCAUGUUUAUCGAAGCCAACCGCGACGACCACUCGUUCUUUAUCAACCCCAACUGCGCCGCCGACAUGACCGAGUCGGCGGUGCACUACCUCGAUGCGUUCCGUGCUGCAGGACGCUUUAUUGGCCGCGCUCUCCUCGACGGCCAAGUGCUCCCACUGCAUUUGAGCCCCGUACUCUUUAAAGCGCUGCUUGGCAUGCCCUGCACGCUCGAUGACAUUGAGACGCUCGACAAGACGCUGUACAAGAGUUUGCGCUACUUGCUCGACAACAAGCACGUCGACGAGUUGGCACUGACCUUCUCUGUGACUCAAGAACGCGCGGGGAAGCUUGUCGAGGUCGACCUCGUACCCCAUGGCCAAGACGUGCCCGUGACGGACGCCAACAAACACGCGUACAUUGAGCGCAUGAUGCGGCAUCUUCUCUUUGACCGAAUCCAAGACCCAUUGCACGCGCUCAUUCAAGGCACGUACGACGUUGUGCCGCCCGAGCUGCUCCUUGUCUUUGACCACAAAGAGCUCGAGCUCAUUCUCUGCGGCCAGAGCGAUAUUGAUGUCGACGAUUGGGAGACAAGCACGGUCACGUCGUCGAAUUUGAAGAAUUCAGCCGUCCUCGAGUGGUUCUGGAAACUGGUGCGUGCGCUCUCGUCCGCCGACCAAGCCAAGCUCCUGCAGUACGCGACCGGUUCAUCCCGCGUGCCGGUCCAAGGCUUCCAAGGCUUGACGAGCUACGACGGAAAGAUUUGCUAUUUUACGCUCAAAGGCGUGCCGUACACGUUGGGCGCGUACCCUGUAGCCCAUGCAUGCUACAACCGCAUCGACCUUCCGUUGUACCCGACGCAGGAGCUGUUAGAUGACGCUGUCCGGACACUCCUGCUCUCGGACCCGACCGGCUUCAACAUGCAAUAA